CUCGCUGAACGAUGGCCCCAGCACGACCAUCGAGAAUUGUGUAUCGCAUCAAGUCGGCGUCGCAGUCGACCACGUCGCUCUCCGAAAAUGACGACGAGUACCCCUGCAAAUCAGCCUUCUUCUCUCGCGACGACGACCCCCCGCCCGGCAUCAGCCCAGCUCAGUGGUCAUCCCCGAGGUCAACCCAUCUGGUCUCUGCUCGUCCUCCCAUGACCCAUCUCCCGCCUGAAAUCCUCAUACACAUCCUCAAGCAUCUCCACUCUCCAAGAGAUCUCUAUCACUCCAUGCUCGUCUCGCGUGCUUGGUGCGAGUGUGCCGUCGAGCUACUGUGGCAUAGGCCCGCGUUGACUCGCAUCUCCACCCUCGUCAAAAUCAUUACCAUUCUCAACCUCCCUGACCAAUCUUUCACCUACGCACGCUUCAUCAAGCGUGUAAACUUCCUGUUCCUCAGCCCCGACCUCACAGACGUCCUCUUCUCCCGUCUAGCACAGUGCGAUCGCCUCGAGCGCUUGACCCUCGUCAACUGCUCUGCCAUCUCCGAGGCCGCCCUCUUACGCGUUCUCACCCGGCUACCCAAUCUAAUCGCCAUCGACCUCACCGGCGUCGUCGAAACGACCGAUAAUGUCAUCUCCGGUUUAACAGCCGUCUCCAAACGUUUACAGGGUAUUAAUUUGACUGGUUGCAAGCUCGUCACAGACGAAGGCGUCUUCUCCCUCGCUCGCGAAUGCUCACUUCUUCGUCGCGUCAAGCUAAGUGGUGUGGAGCAGGUAACCGACCCGUCCGUCUCUGCCAUUGCCAAAGCAUGCCCUCUUUUGCUAGAGAUCGACUUGAACAAUUGCAAACACAUCACGAAUACACCCGUUCGCGAUCUAUGGCUUCAUUGCCCUCACCUGCGCGAGGUUAGGCUCUCUCACUGCUCAGAGCUAACGGACGCUGCCUUCCCGGCCCCAACCAAAAUCAGGGACACAACCAUUCCCCUCAUCAUCCCGAGAGCACUGGAUGAGCUACCCCCGCUAGUCCUCCCAAAGGCAUUGGUCCAUCUUCGUAUGCUAGAUCUCACAGGCUGUGCGCUUAUAACGGAUGAUGCGGUGGAGGGUAUCGUAUCACAUGCACCUAAAAUUCGGAGUCUUGUCCUGUCCAAGUGCUCCCUACUCACCGAUCGAGCAGUGGAAAGUGUGUGCAUUCUUGGACGACAUCUUCACUACCUCCACCUCGGUCAUGCCGUCAAUAUCACCGACCGUUCCAUCAAAUCUCUCGCUAGAUGUUGCACUCGGCUACGCUACGUCGAUUUUGCGAAUUGUUCGCUUCUAACCGACAUGUCCGUCUUUGAACUGGCAAGUUUGCCUAAGCUUCGUCGUAUUGGCCUCGUACGGGUCAGUAACUUGACGGACGAGGCUAUCUAUGCGCUUGCGGAGCGUCAUAGCACCCUCGAGCGCAUUCACCUUUCGUAUUGCGAUCAAAUCUCUGUCAUGGCUAUUCACUUCUUGCUUCAAAAACUACACAAGCUCACGCAUUUGAGUCUCACUGGCAUACCCUCUUUCCGGAAGCCCGAAUUGCAGCAAUUUUGUAGGCAACCGCCCCAGGAGUUCAACGUGAGCCAGAGAAUGUCAUUCUGCGUUUAUUCGGGUAACGGUGUCGCGAAACUCAGAUCGUUUCUUACGGAUCUCUUUAACACCAUUACGGAGGAGAUGCAAGGAGAUGACGAGGAAACAGAAUACGAGGAUGACUUUGAUGAAAGUUUUGUCGAGGUUCCCCAUGACGUGGACAUGGAGACCGGGAAUGAAGACGACCUUGACGACGAUUUCAUGUAUGACAGGAGGUUCCAUUUCCAACCCGCCAUUCAAAGAGGGCAGCCGUCCACCCGUGACCGUCUUGUAGAGCCCAUGCUUACUCCGCGGCAUUCCAGCAUUGCCGUACAACACAAUCCAAUGUCCCCGAGUAGAUCGGCUCCCUCUGCCACCACAGAGCCAUUUGUUGUUCAUACCCCCACCGAUUAUAUCACCCACCACACCCACCAUGCCCCAGAACCCUCUGGUGGACAGCAAAACCGGCAGCGAGGAUUCGGGCUUCAGCCCGUUGUGGAAACCUCCGCCUCCCCAGCACCGAGCGAGGUUGCAUCUAACCGCAGCGCAGCGACAGCACAGUCCAACGGAACUGGGUUCUUCCGUACAUAUCAGGACCUUGCUUCAUCUUCUCGAAGUAACGGAGCGCUGACACCGGAUUACAACUACGCUGAGAUUGGGCAUGGUCGUGGUGCUAGCAAUCAAUUCAACCAAUUACCACCGUCAUUUGGAAAUCGCGCAUUUACUCCAGCGUAUACCCUUCAUGGGGCAACGCAAGGAAUCGCGCAGGUGAUGCAUUCGGCGGGGAGUCAGCUUGAAGCACGCUACAGACAGAACCAAUCCAUUCCCCUCCCGCUGGUGUUGCCAGACAACCCUGUCCCGUGGCCUCAUCUUGAAUCCCCUACUCCUAUCGCAACGCCGCCUGCUAAUGCCAGCUCUCCUGGCACCCCACCUGCCUUCAAUGCAAGCUCGGACCCACGUGAGCCAGAAGGGAGGGGCCGGAGUGUCAGAAGAAGUUUAAGGAAUACUCUCAAUGCUGCCGAGUUGUAUGCCACUUCUCUUCUUUUCGGACGCAACUCCGCAGCAAGUAGCAGUAAUCUGCCCGACUCGAGUAGUACCGGAACGAAGAGCCAGCAAUGAUGAUCAAAGAAGUCGUAUGUAGAAUUGUUUCCCUUAUUUUGCACGUAUUCAUGGUAAACAUUAACUGCUGGGACAGUCAUUGCUUUCGUAUCUCUAGCUUUGUUUUUGUAGGCUGUAUUAGCUUUGAAUGUAUGUACAUCGACCGCACUGGAGUAAUAUAAUCUGGGUC